AUGUUAUCACGCUACGUGGUAUCGCAAGUGAAACAUAACUCCUACUUCCUGGUGGGGUUGGGUAUCGGUCUAUGGCUCGCACUGGCGACGGUGCCACUUGAAGAGGAUGUGGUGUCUUGCGAGGACACCACUGCCGCGGCCCUGGACCCAGGCCUGGACGAAUUCCAGCCGCAGCGUGAGGAGCGACCUCCGGGCGCGGUGGGACCCGCGGGUCGCACGGUCACUAGACCACGAUACUACAGUACAGAACUGGGCAUGCGAGCCGCCCUACUGGCAGGUGUCCUGAGUUCCGAGGCAGCCCUAGAGUCUCGCGCCGCCGCCUUCAACCAGACGGCCGCAGAUCUUCAGCCCGCCCUGCGCUUUUUCAUCACGGCGAGCGCUCUGCAAGGUGCCCCGGGCCGAGCCAACGUGGUGGGCUUCACAGACACACGCGAGAUGCUGAAGCCGUUCCACGCCCUCAAGUACCUCGCCGAUAACUUCCUCGAGGAGUACGACUUCUUCUUCCUCGUGUCGGACUCCACUUUCGUGAACGCGCGUCGUCUGAACCGGCUCGUGGCCAGCCUCAGCGUGAGCCAGGACCUGUACAUGGGAGCCGUCUCCGGCGACGACACUCACUACUGCACGCUGGAGGCCGGCAUCCUCAUGUCCAACUCUGUGCUGCGAGCCGUGCACGAGGAGCUGGACUGGUGCGUCAGGAACUCCUACUCCCCGCACCACCACGAGAACCUGGGCCGCUGCGUGCUGCACGCGGCCGGCCUCCGGUGCGUCGCCGGCCUCCAGGCCGUCUCUUACGACACGGCCCACCUCCGCCCCGCUCACCCGGACGGCCCCGCCAGUUUGCACCCCGCCUUGGCGGACGCAGUAACCGUCCACCCGGCGCUGACCCCCGAGGACUUCUACCGCCUGCAUGCCUACGUGUCCAGGGUGAACCUGGAGCGUGUUCGGGAGGACGAGGCGCGAACUCGAGCGGAGGCGGCGCUCAGCUCCCGUCACCAUCCCCGGGGGUACAGGAACGUGUCGUGGCCAACCGCCCUACGAGCGGACGCAGGUCUAGCGCCGCCACCCCCACCCACCAGGUUCGACCUCCUCCGCUGGACGCGGUUUAAUCUCACACACGCCCUCCAGCUGGACGACCACCGCGCCGUGUCAAAGCUGAGCGCAUCCUACAAGCAAGCCGUGGCCCUGAUCGUAGAGGAGGCACGGGCGUGGGUGGAGCGGAGAUGGGGCGGCGAGGAAGGCGGGGCGCUUUCGGUGAGCCUCGAGGAAGGAGCGUGGUGCUGGGAGCCGCCCCGGGCGCUCCGGUACCGCCUCUUGCUGAGAGUGACCGCGGAGGGAGGCGGGCGUCUGCUGCAAGUGGAGGCGGCGCGAGCGCUGGGAGCGGCCCGCCUCGCACCCGCAGCCUACGUCACGGAGAGCGCCCGCGUCCACCUCGUGCUGCCAGCCCCCGACCAGCGCUCACACCUCACCGCUUUCCUGGAGCGGUACGAGACGGUCUGCCUCCAGAGAGACGACAACACGGCUCUGUAUGUGGUCGUGAUACCGGCCAGUGACGGAGGACAUCUGACAGCAGAAGAGCGAGCUCAUCUGGAGGAGGUCAAGGAGAUGGUGAGGGCGGUGGGAGAGAAACACCGCGCGGGACAACACAUGGACGUUAUCGUGUCCAGCAUCGGGCGCGGCGCGGGGACGGGGGGUGGUGUCUCCGGGAGCGGGAGGAGAGCGCGGGAGGACGUACGGCUCGCCCUGAGGGCGGCACUCGUUCGGGCCGCGAAGGAUGCGUUGCUGUUGGUGGCCGACCAUAGCAUGGAGUUCACCGAAGACUUCCUCAACAGGGUCCGCAUGAACACGAUCGCGGGCUCGCAGUGGUUCAGUCCGCUGGCCUUCGCUCGCUUCGCGCAGUACGCUCACCCUCGCUUCGUGGAGGCGGACGGGUCGCGGCCGACUCUCCACACGGGCCGCUUCUCUCACACCGAGCUGCUCUCCGUGUACAAGGGCGACUACUCGGACGCUCUCCGCAGCUGGCUGGAGGCGGGAGGCUCCGAGGAGGCGUCACCGUCCGCGGUCCUCGCCGCUAGCCCCCUACGCGUGCUGCGCGCCCCUGAGCCGGCCCUGCUACUCCCGCCCCGGCCCCGCCCCUGCACACCCUCCUCCCCCUCCGAGGAGAGGGCGUGUCUGGUCCGUGAGCGCGAGCGUGGUUUCUCUGACCUGUUGCUGGGCGCUCGUCAGUCGCUCGCCAAGUUGCUGCUGCAGACUCAGGCGGAGCUCGAGUGACGUCACAGUCAUGACGUCUCUCUCUCUCUCUCUCACACACACAGAGCUUCAGUAACCGGUGCAGGCAGAGAAGUGAAUCGAUUUGAGAUUAAAUUUUGUUUCUAAA